CCCAUAGAUUCGCACACAUUUUGUCCGCAGCUCGUGUGCGCUCGCUCGUUCGUUUGUUCCGUGAUUGUCGUCGUCGUGUUUAUUCGUCGGGAUCGGGAGUAGCAACGUGAAAUUGUGAAUUCUUAGCAACGGGAAUUUCAACUCCCCCACAUUUCGGUCUAAAUUUUGUCAUUCCGAACGGUUGAGCGAGCGGUCUUUCGAGCGGUUGCUGGUCAGCUGAUUGGUGUUUUUCAUUAGUCUACGAGUUAAAAAAGGAAGGAAAUGUGAAUCAGAACUCUAGUAUUUAAAAGCGAACAUGCAUGUCAAACAGCAAUUUUAGCGAAAGUGAAACAAAAGUGGAAGAAAACAGCUUAACGACACCACUACCACCACGUGGUCACGUCAGGAUAGUGGACUGUCUAAUCAAUAUGAGCUCGACCAGAUAUGUGGCAACAGUCAAUGCGUUGAACAUGUUCGACAAGCUGGAAAGUUCUUCCCUUUCCCCGGGAAAGUUUCAAAUGGUUUCGGUUCCACCCCCGACGGCAUCGAACGUAUCGAAUUUUACAGUCGGUACCCUGAACGUUACCUCAUCGACGGUGGCCAUUGCUCGGCCCAGUUUGUCCCCGCCCCCAUCGACGAUAGUCGGGAAUGGAACAGAAGAGUUUGUUGUGCUGCCAGGGCCAGAGGACGUGCUGCUGUUCAACAGUACCAAUGGUCUUUACCAGCAAUCGGUGACGCUAACCGCCCGGAUGUAUCCGAUUGAGGCCACUGCGGCGAAAUCGUUCUGGGGCCUACCAACGCUGAUCUGGGCGAUCCUGAUCGGGACCAUUGUGAUACUGAUUGUGAUCCUAGCGACACUCUUCUUCUGCUGCUGGCUACAGCCGAGAACGCGGAAGCUCCUGGCAUCGAGCUACUACACCGGAAGUACUGUUUCCCACAACUCGAUUGUGCCGAAAUCGCAAACUAGUGAUUCGAACCAACUAGUGAUGCCCUUAUCGAUUGGCAUCUGUCCACCUCAGUACAGUGCACCUCCUCCCCCGAAUAACAACAGCGGCAACAACACCAGUGGAAGCAACAACAACAGCAACAGCGUCAACAACUCACCGUGCAAUCAACACAGCAACCAGCAAAGCUGCAGCGGGACAACCGGAGUUCCAUGUCAUCCUGGCAGUGUCGGUAGCAGCGCCAAUUCGGCCGGCCAACAUGGCAAAUACAGUAGCUCACCGCAGCAGCAGCAGCAGCAGCAGUACUCACACCAGUACCAUCAACAGAUGCAGCAACAGUAUCAACAUCAUCACCAGUGCAUACACCAUCAACAGCAGCAACAACAGCAUCAACAAUCACAGCAGUACCACUAUGCCCAAAUGCAGCAGCACCAGCACCCCCAGCAACAGUGUAGCCAAUAUGGCCGACAGAGUCCCCAUCAGCAAAGUCUGCAGCAGUACUACAACCAGCAGCAACAGCAGAUGCAUCAACAGCAACAUCAACAGCAGCAGCAGCAUCAACAUCAACAGAUAACUCAGUACAUACAUCCCUCCCAGCAGCAGGCACUGCAGCAGCAACAACAGAGAGAACAUCAAAUCCAACAGCAUCACUACCACCAUCAGCAGCAACAGCAACAGCAACAACAUAAUCAACAGCAGCAGCAACAACAAACCAAACUGGUGCAUCACAAAUCCAUGUGGGCAAUUAAUCCACUGUACGCCUCUAGUGGAGUGAUACAUGAUAGUGGCUCCAGUCGAGGGCGGGGCAGUGGAGGAUUCGAGGAUGAUGACGACGACGAUAGCGGAAAUACGUCGUAUCGGACCCGAUCGUUACCCUCCUGGGGUAAGAACAAACAGAGGCCUCUCUCGAAUGCCGACGAUCUGGACGAGCUGUAUGCAAAGGUCAACUUCAGCAAAAAGCGACGAAACCGGAUGCGAAAUGACGAGGCAGCCAUCAUUGCCUUAUCCCGAUCCCGGUCGCAAAAUCUGGCCGCACAUCCGCUAGCCGACCAGGACGCCGUGGUAAUCUACGAUGAGCGGACGGCUCUGUAAACCUGCAACCUUCCAUCUAUUUAACACAUAGAUUGUUCAUAUUUCCGUAUAAAUUAAUGUUUUUUUCCGUUUCCAGUUAUUAGUUACAAAGUUUGUUAUUUUUGUAUAGAAAUUUUCCCUGGUGAUAAAUUAAGCUUAAAUUUGAGGUUAUAAAACUAAUAUAACUAUCUUUUCAAAUUUAUUUCCUGAUAAGCAUGGCCUAAGUUGAGUGGAACAGGUAAAUGUGAAGUUUACCAGUUUUAACACACUUUUCCCCUAUGUUCUAAAAAAAUAUUAUCGGAGGAAGUUCUAAUGUCCAGACAUAUGAAACCUCGAUACUCAGCCGAAAAUAAAACUUUUUCAUUAAAUAUUUUUGGCUUUUUCGGUCUUUUUAGUAUAUCAAACAACUUUGUUUUGAAAUACCUGACGUUUCGACCAGUUUUGGUGGUCUUUUUCAAGGGAAUUAUCAACAGACUGAUAAUUCCCUCGAAAAAGACCACCAAAACUGGUCGAGACGUCGGGUAUUUCAAAACAAAGUUGUUUGAUAUACUAAAAAGACCGAAAUAGCUAAAAAUAUUUAAUGAACAAAAUCCGGUCUUUACAUAAAAUAAAACUUCCUAGAUCGAGAAAAACUGAUUCGUUAGUCGUUAACUAGCCACCCUCAAAUCAUUAUCACUAAAAACCGAGAGAAAGUGAGCGUUGUUAUUUAUACAAAUCCCGAAAACUUGGAUAAAUUUCGAUACCAAGAGAAUACCGUUUACAAAGACUGAUAGAUUUCCCAAUUGUAAAAUAGAAGAUAUAAAGAAUUCUUAUUCCAUCACCUGUGGGGAAGCUCAAACAAAUAGAAAUAAUUCUUCACAUUUCACACUAACAGAGUACUAAUAUGUGAUUAAAACACAGAGCGGCGAAAGCAUUAUUAAGUAAAACCCCCGGAAAUGAAUCAAUGUUUUAAAAAUCCACGCAACAAAGAA